GGAAGAGGAGGAGACUCGGUGCACCUAAACAGACGGAGGGGUUAUUCAUUGUGCUCAGUCUGUCACUACUGCAUCCACCGAGGAGGAGGAGGAGGAGGAGAAGAAGAAGAAGAAGAGGGCCAACACAUUAACAAAACGUGCACCACAGAGAGAGAGGCGCUUUCUGUGCUCAUCUCUGCAGCGUUUCUCCAUUGGACUGCUUGUCGGUGUGUCUCUCUUUUGUUACCGGGAGGCUGCACCGGACGAGGAAGAACCGGGGGAGUGCUCGUCCUCCGUCGGAAGAAGGGACGUGAUAUGAACCCUCAUCGGCUUUAGACAGCAGUGCAGCUAAAUAGCCCCGUUUCCAGGGAGGUGGUGGAGGAGGAGAAGGAGGAGGGUUAACAGAGGAGGAAUCAAGAGAGGACAUUUAUACCUUUUUUUUUUUUUUAUUUUUUUUUUUUUUUAAUAAACCUUGCAGCAGCUUUGUGAAGGCCGAGAUAAAAAAAAAAAAAAAUCCUCCCCACGGAACCUGUAGCAGCGAUGCCCGGGUUUGAUUACAAGUUUCUGGAGAAGCCAAAGAGACGCUUCCAGUGUCCGCUCUGCAGCAAGGCGAUGCGGGAGCCGGUCCAAGUGUCUACCUGUGGACAUCGGUUCUGUGACACCUGUCUGCAAGAAUUCCUCAGUGAGGGAGUCUUCAAGUGUCCGGAGGACCAGCUGCCGUUGGACUAUGCCAAGAUCUACCCGGACCCAGAACUGGAGCAGCAGAUCCUGGCGCUACCCAUCCGCUGCAUCCACAGCGAGGAGGGCUGCCGCUGGACCGGCCAGAUGAAGCAGCUGCAGGGCCACUUCUCCACCUGCGCCUUCAAUGUGAUACCCUGCCCCAACCGCUGCUCCGUCAAGCUGACGCGCCGCGACUUGCCCGACCACCUGCAGCACGACUGCCCCAAGCGCAAGGUCAAGUGCGAGUUCUGUGGCAGCGAGUUCACCGGCGAAGCCUACGAGAACCACCAGGGUGUGUGUCCUCAGGAGAGUGUUUACUGUGAGAACAAGUGCGGGGCGAGGAUGAUGCGUCGUCUGCUGUCCCAACACGGCCUGGCCGAGUGUCCCAAACGCACGCAGCCCUGCAAGUACUGCGGCAAGGAGUUUGUCUUCGACACAAUCCAGAACCACCAGUACCACUGCCCUCGGUUUCCUGUCCAGUGCCCAAACCAGUGCGGCACACCCAACAUCGCCCGGGAGGAUCUGGCUAACCAUGUUAAGGACAACUGCGGCAGCGCGCUCGUUCUCUGUCCCUUCAAAGACGCCGGCUGCAAACACAGGUGCCCCAAACUGGCUAUCGGUCGUCACCUGGAAGACACCACCAAGUCUCACCUGACUAUGAUGUGUAACCUGGUUGGGCGACAGCGGCAGGAGAUCCUGGAGCUGCGGAGGGAGAUGGAGGAGCUGUCCGUCAGCCACGACGGCGUUCUCAUCUGGAAGCUCAGCGACUACACGCGCAAACUCCAGGAGGCCAAAGUUCGAAGCAACCACGAGUUCUUCAGCCCGCCCUUCUACACCCACCGCUACGGCUACAAGCUGCAGGUGUCGGCCUUCCUCAAUGGCAACGGCAGCGGCGAGGGCUCCCACCUUUCCGUCUACAUCCGCGUGUUGCCCGGAGAGUACGACAGCCUGCUGGAGUGGCCCUUCUCCUACAAGGUGACUUUCUCCAUCAUGGACCAGAGCGACCCGUCGCUUUCCAAACCCCAGCACAUUACGGAAACCUUCAACCCCGACCCCAACUGGAAGAACUUCCAGAAGCCCAGCAGCACCCGCAAUUCGCUGGACGAGAGCACCCUGGGCUUCGGCUACCCCAAGUUCAUCUCUCACGAGGAGAUCAAGAAGAGGAACUACAUCCGAGACAACUGCAUCUUCAUCAAGGCUUCUAUAGAGAUUCCCCAGAAGAUAAUGGCUUAAAAUCCGACCUUUGUUUUCUUUUCAUGGAGGAGAAAGAGAGGUUAAAGACUGGAAUUGACACUUAACCUUGAAAACUUCUACACACGUACCCUUUAGAUACUUUCUGCCCUUACAGCCUCUCCACCACAGGGCUUGAAGCGAGUCUGUUUGGCUGUGUGAGCUGACUCGGAGGACCUUAAUAUAUCACAGAGGAGAAAGUGCUUGGUCUGCAGAACCAUCACUCUCUGGUGUUUCUUUUUAUUAUCAUUUUUUUUAUCUGUUUGCUGACCUUUUAUCACAGUCUACAACAAAAAGCCUUGGAAAUCAAACAGUGCCUAGAGAGUUUAUCUUAAGUUAUAUUUUUGUUGUUAUUUCCGCAGUACAGAUGUUAAAGAUUAUGGAAAAGAUAUAAAAAAGGGGUGAAGGGCUUCGCUAAGCCUCUGCACUUAGAGGAGAGAGAACGUUGGAGGCUGGUUAGAGACGUCCCGUUGGGGUGAUCUGAAGACGAGGGAGCUCAGCAGACUCAAGCUCAAGCCCAACUGCCUUUUGUUUACAUGCUCAUACAGUAUACUCCCACUGAUCCGUUAGCAAACACAGAGCCCUUGGUAAGAGACUGCUCGUGAGGUUUGUGUACACACAGACAUCAAAUCGAUGUUUUCAACUGAGAAACUUGCAGCUUCAAUCUUGGUAAUUUUUGUGUUUUAAAGUAAUAGUAUUAGAUUUUGGUUGAGUUUAAUGAGAAGAUCAAUACCUCUAUAUUAUUAUUACACGGCUUUGGUGAAUACUUGAUUCUGAUUGGUCAAUCACAGCGUUUUACUGUCUGUUAUUUCUUUAAAGCAGA